AUGAAGGGAAAUUCGAAAACAAUGACCAUCAGAUGGGGAAUCCUCGGUGCUGGAAACAUUUCCGGCCUGUUUGUUCAUGACUUGUUAGUGAGCAUCUCUCAGGGUGAGAAUACCCAUCUUGUUGCAAGUAUUGGUUCUUCACUGGUGGAGAAAGGCACCCAAUUCAUUACGAAACACAAAAUCACGGUUGAAAAUAACCAGGGAUAUGCUGUUAAGGCUCAGAAUUAUGAGGAUUUUUUCCUGAACCCCGAAGUAGAUGUGGUUUACGUUGGUACACCCCACACUUUCCAUAAGAACCAAGUGAUUCAAGCAUUGGAGCAUGGCAAGCAUGUUGUCUGCGAAAAACCGUUCACAGUAACAGGGAAGGAAGCAAGAGAAGUGUUUGCAGUUGCAGAAAAGAAGAACUUACUCGUCAUGGAGGCUGUAUGGACAAGGUUCUUUCCUGCCAUUGCUAAAGCAAAAGAACUCAUAUUCAAAGACAAGGUCUUGGGAGAGGUACAUCAAUUGAGAGCGGAUUUCUCUAUGAAUGCAGACAUCUAUAAUCUUCCAUCGAGUUCCCGUGCUAGAGACAUCUCACUUGCUGCUGGUGCAACGUUAGACAUCGGGAUCUAUCCAUUGACUUACGGACGUAUUUUGUUGGACGAAGAUUAUGGUGAUGAGAGUAACUUUGAAGUGAAAUCUUUCCUUUCUUUAGACCCUGUUGACGGUGUAGAUCACUUGUCAACGAUCUUGCUCAGAUACAAGAAUGGAAAGCAAGCUUUACUUACCAGUUCCAAUUACGUUGAUGGGCCAAGUCCAUUCUUGCGCUUGGAGGGAACUAAGGGAUAUCUAGAGAUGAAGAGUGACAAUCCUGCUAGGCCAAGGAAUUUCAAGAUCGUUUUCAAGGAUGGCUCUUCGCCUAUUGAAUACAGUGAAGACAAUGACUACAUUGGGUUUAUUCAUGAGGCCAACGCUGCCGCAAAAGCAAUUUCAGAAGAAAAAUCGCAGGUUGAUCUUAUUCCAUGGAAAGAAACUCUCCUUAUGAUGGACACAAUGGAUAAAGUCCGGUGGGAAAAUGAUCUCUUCUACCCAGUAGAAGGUGCGAGAUAA